CUAACUUUAUACGCAGACGUCGUUACGGAUCGUAACACUUGUAUCCGUGCCAAACAAUUAUUCGCAUAACAUCGCUUCUCACUGUGCGUUGCAUCUGCCGAAAUUUUCGAAAACGCAGUGAAGCAGCAGCGCUUUUGCUUGUGUCCCGCAAUGCGGUUGAAUACGGCUAAGAACGUGACGCAUUGGUUUAUCCUGUUAUAUGGCCAGGCCGCAUCCGUGGGACCGGCGGUCCAUCUUGACAACCUUGGCCUUCUUCGGAGGUAUCUUCGUGUUCUCCAUGAUCAUCGUUCUCAUCCUGAGCUCUCACGACUCUUCCAAAAAGGGACCUAGAGUCGAGUGGCUGCGUGCGGAACCGGUCAAGCUUGCGCGCGCGCUUGGCUGCAACUGCAGCACUGUCGCGUCGCACGUGGCAAGACCGUACUUCUGCGUCUGCCCCAAGGACAAUCUAAUUGGUGACGCACAAGGGAUAAAUUCCUCCAAGGUUCGCAACGACACGCAUUCGAUGCCCGGCCCCGUAAACACGCGCAAGCAGGAUGGAUGA